CCCUAGUCUACGAAUAUUCUCUUCAUAUCCUUAAUUUCCCCUUAUUUGUUUAUCGCUUCAUUAAUUGAAAAUGGCGUACACCAUCCUCCUCAUCGGUGGGCACGGCAAAGUCUCGCAGCUCUUGACCCCGCUCCUUCUGGCGAGAUCAUGGAACGUGACAAGCAUGAUCAGGUCACUAGAUCAGAAAGAUACGAUUGAAAAGCUAGGGCAGGGGCAUCCAGGGAAACUGGAUGUUCUGGUCAGCAGUGUGGAGGACGUAAUGACCGAAAACGAUGCGCGGAAGAUUUUAGAACAGGUAAAGCCAGAUUGGGUUGUUUGGAGUGCCGGCGCUGGAGGUCGUGGUGGCGCUACACGCACUCUCGCGAUAGAUCAAGACGCUGCGAUCUCAUUCACCAAAGCGAGCAUCCGCAUACCCAGCAUCAAGAAGUUUUUGACCGUUUCCUACAUCUCCUCGCGCCGUAACAAACCUUACUGGUGGUCCGAUAAAGACUGGGCCUACGCGCAAAAAGUAAACAACGAAGUGCUUCCUACGUAUUAUAAAGCCAAGGUCGCAGCUGAUGAGGUUUUGACGGUCCUUGCAAAGGAGAGGUUUGAUGAAGAGGAGAAGAAAGGAGUUGAGGAGAAAGAUAGGUUCUGUGGAAUAAGCUUGAGGCCUGGUACUUUGAGCUUAGAGAAGUCCGGGGGUGUGAAGAUGGGAAAGAUUGAGUGUGAGGGUAGGGUUAGCAGAGCAACAGUCGCGCAUGCAGUGGUGAGCGUUUUGGAAACUGAAGGUGCGAGGGGCUGGUUCGAUAUGCUUGAUGGUGAUGAGGAUGUGGGCAAGGCUGUCGAAAGAUGUGUGAAGGAUGGGGUGGAUUGCGUGGAGGGUGAAGAUUUUGAGGGGAUGAAGGAGAGAGUUGGCAAGUUGUAACUCACGCAGAGUCUUGUUCUAGAAGGCACUGUACACAUAAUUUGAUGAUUUGACACAAGGCAUGCAUUGAGAGCCAUGCCCAUAGCAAUCUAAAAGAAUCAGGUCUACGACAAGGCCCAACACAGCC